AAAGGCUUGCUUGUAGAUGCUGCGGGCACUCUGCUCUUGCCAUCAGAGCCCGUGGCGGAGGUCUAUCUGCACCAUGCUCGCAAGUACGGCUGCACGCUGUCAGCCGAGCAGGUGCUUGACAAUUUUCGCGAAGCCUAUAAUUCGCCCUGGGGUCAGUCAACCAUUAGAUAUGUUGGCAGUGGAAGGCAGUUCUGGCGCGAGAUUGUACGCCGCAGUACAGGUUGCAGCAGCGAGGCGCUGUUUGAAACUCUGUAUGAUCAUUACUCAAGGGGUGACGCCUACUUUGUCACCCCGGGCGCGGUUGAGGCCAUCCAUCGCAUCCGGGCGCGGGGCCUGAAGACUGCAGUUGUCAGCAACUUUGACACUCGCCUGCGGAGAAUUUUGCGCGACCUGGAGGUUGAGCACCUCUGGGACGCGAUACUUGUGUCAGCCGAGGUUAAUAUGGAAAAACCGAAUCCGAGCAUUUUCGUGGCCGCCUGUGAGGCGCUGGGCCUGCCGCCCGAGACCUGCGUGCACGUUGGGGACGACCGCAGGAAUGAUGUCCAUGGGGCAAGGGACACAGGCUGCUAUGCAUGGCUGUGGGGCGAGGAUGUGCUGUCAUUCAAGGACGUGGAGCGGCGGAUC